AUGAGCUGGAGCUUCCUCACGCGGCUGCUGGAGGAGAUCCACAACCACUCCACCUUCGUGGGGAAGCUGUGGCUCACCGUGCUCAUCGUCUUCCGCAUCGUGCUCACGGCUGUUGGGGGAGAGUCCAUCUACUACGACGAACAGAGCAAGUUUGUCUGCAACUCGGGCCAGCCGGGCUGCGAGAAUGUCUGCUACGACGCCUUCGCACCUCUAUCUCACGUUCGCUUUUGGGUCUUCCAGAUCAUCUUAGUGGCGAUGCCUUCUCUUAUGUACAUGGGCUAUGCCGUCAACAAGAUUGCACGAAUCGAUGAAUCCAAAGGAGGAGCGGGCUCUGCUGCAGUUAGAACAGGAGGAGGAGGCUACACGCACAGGAAGCCCAGGAAAAUCUGCUUCGGAGCACGGCAGCACCGGGGCAUUGAGGAGACUGAGGAGGACCAAGAGGAUGAUCCCAUGAUCUACGAGGUGCCAGAAAUCGAGCCCCCAAAAAGGCCGCGGGAUCCACUGCAACCCGCACCCAAACCCAAAAUCCGGCAUGAUGGGCGCAAACGUAUAAGAGAUGAGGGGCUGAUGCGGGUCUAUGUUUUGCAACUGGUGAUUCGUACACUGCUAGAAGCAGGCUUCCUUGCAGGCCAGUAUUUGCUGUAUGGGUUUCAUGUGACGCCCGUGUUUGUGUGCUCGAGACAACCUUGUCCCCACAGUGUUGACUGCUUUGUGUCGCGGCCUACAGAGAAGACAAUCUUCCUGCGCAUCAUGUAUGGUGUCACUGUCCUUUGCCUCACGCUCAACAUUUGGGAGAUGCUCCAUCUGGGGAUCGGUACCAUUUGUGACAUUCUUCGCCGCCGGCGCUGCCCACCCCAGGAGGAUGAGUACCAGUUGGGAUUGCUGGGCACCAAUGGAGGUGUGGAGGGAUCAGUAGGGGGGACAGGGCCUGAGGCAAUCUCUGAGGGAGGGGUGGGUGGAGAUGGGGCUGCAGACUACGUCGGUUACCCCUUCUCAUGGAACACCCCAUCAGCUCCACCUGGCUACAACAUUGUGGUGAAGCCAGAGCAGAUGCCGUACACGGACCUGAGCAACGCUAAAAUGGCAUGCAAGCAGAACCGGGCCAACAUUGCCCAAGAGGAGCAGCAGCAAUUUGGUAGCAAUGAGGAUAACUUUCCCACUGGAGGGGAGGCCCGUGUAGCUUUGAACAAGGACAUGAUCCAGCAAGCUCAUGAGCAACUGGAGGCGGCCAUCCAGGCCUACAGUCAGCAGCAUCGGGCAGAGGAGCAUCUUGGGGACAACCAGGACGACAAGCCCCAAAGUAACAUCAUCCAGGCACAGCCUCAGCCACAGCCUCAGCCUCAGAAAGAGCGCAAGCAUAGAUUCAAACACGGGAAAGGAGGCAGCAGUGCAGGAGGAAGUAGCAGCAACAGCAGCAGCAGCAAAUCCGGAGAGGGUAAGCCCUCUGUAUGGAUUUAA